AUGAAGCUUAUUCUCCUCUCAGCCCUCUUGGUGUCCGUGUUCGUCGCCCAGGCAGCAGGUCAAGAGAGAAGCAAGAUCAAAAAGUAUUCGGUCAUCCACAGGCCCGCAGGCUGGACCGACGGGCAAGUGAGCAACGCUUGGGUUACCGAGUGCAAGGCGAUUGGAGGCUCGACCAGCGGUCUCCAGUGGGGCGAUGUCGCUUGUUUCGUUGGACCGGGCGGCGCAGACCUAGGAGGUCAAGUAAUUUCCGCCCUGGAGGAGCAGAACCCCGGCGAGUGGGAGUUUGGCAACGCUUAG